UCUGUCCCUUCCCAGCACCAUGGCAGCGCCCAUCUCGGUGCGUGACUUUGUGCUGCAGGUGCAGGAGGACCUCAGCUCGCCCACCACCUCCACAUUCACCAGCCACAUGGGCCACUGCAAGGCCACCACCGGCAGCGUGGAGGAGGCCCUGGAUGCAGACCGAACUGUACUGCAGAAGAUGAGGAAAGCUGCCAAGGCAGAACAUGGCUGUGGACAAGACCUCAUUAGCCACCUCACAGCCCACAUUGCUGCCCAGGAGUUGUUCUCAGCCAACUACCAGCUGGAGGGAGAGGAGCAGCUGGCCAACGCCUUCAGCACCUUCGCUGCCUUCUCCCAGGAGCUGCUGAUCGCCAUCAGGAGCCUGUUGCAGAGUUUGGACCACAAUAUUAAUUUUUCCCUGGAGUCCUUAAUAAAGGGAGACAUGAAAGAGCUCAAAGGGGAAUUCAAGAAGCCCCUUGAGAAGGCCUACAAAGACUAUGAGAGCAAACUCACAAAGAUAGAGAAGGAGAAGCGUGAGCUGGCAAAGCAGCAUGGCAUGGUGCGGGGUGAGGUGAGUGGGGGGGAGAUCGCCGAGGAGUUGGAGAAGGAGCGCAGGACCUUCCAGUUAAACAUGUGUGAGUAUCUAAUCAAAGUGAAUGAAAUCAAAACCAAGAAAGGAAUCGACUUGCUGCAAAACCACAUCAAGCACUGCAACUCACAGUUCAAUUUUUUCCAGGAAUGUUUAAAUGCAACAGCAAAACUUAAGAAGUUUACAGAGGAACUCAUCCCGGAGCUGCAGAGUCUGAAGAUCAGGCAGGACGAGGAGAAGAAGCAGCUGUGUGCCGUUCGGGAUCAGCUGAAGGCUACAUUGCAGCUGGAGCAGAGAGAGGACAUGGGGAGCAAGCAGGCCCGGUACAACAUGCACCAGCUGCAGGGGAACAAGCAGUACGGCACAGAGAAGACAGGGACUCUCUUUAAGAAAAGCGAUGGGUUGAGAAAAGUCUGGCAAAAGAGGAAAUGCACCAUCAGCAAUGGCUACCUGACCGUCUCUCACAGCAUGCCCAACCGCCCACCAGCUAAGCUGAACCUGCUCACCUGCCAGGUGCGGCCCCACGCAGAGGAGAAGAAAUGCUUCGACCUGGUUUCACACAACCGCACGUACCGCUUCCUGGCAGAGGACGAGCAGGAAUGUUUCGUAUGGGUGUCUGUCCUCAGCAACAGCAAAGAGGAGGCACUGAACUUGGCCUUCAGCAAGGCACGGGGCGGAGUGGAGAGCAGCAGGGAGGAGCUGACCCGGGCCAUAGUUGAGGAGGUCAGAAACAUGCCUGGGAACAGGGAGUGCUGUGACUGCUUGGCCCCAGAUCCCACCUGGCUCUCCAUUAACCAUGGCAUCCUGAUCUGCAUUGAGUGCUCUGGGAUUCACAGAGAGAUGGGUGUGCACAUCUCCCGCAUUCAGUCACUGUCUUUGGACAAGCUGGCAACCUCCGAAUUGCUGCUGGCGAGGAACAUUGGCAACGCUGGUUUCAAUGGCAUCAUGGAAGCCAGUAUUUCCAGCUUCUCCUUGAAGCCUGUGGCACACAGUGACAUGGCCUUGCGGAAAGAAUUUAUCAUUUCCAAGUAUGUUGAGAAGAAAUAUGCCAAGAGAAGCACUGCUGCUCAGCACCUAAGCCUCCCAGAAGCUGUCAAGGGCAAGGACAUAUUUACUUUGCUCCAAGCUUACGCUGAGAACGUGGAUUUGAGCAAGCCUGUGCAGGCACACCUGCAGGAACCUGGGGAGACCAUCCUCCACCUGGCAGUGCUGUUGUCUGAUCGAACCUCUUUACAUAUUGUUGAUUUUCUUGUCCAGAACAGCGGGAGCCUGGAAAAGCAGACCAUAGUGGGGAACACGCCGCUUCACUACUGCUGCUUUCACAACAAACCUGAGUGCCUCAAACUGCUGCUUAAGGCCAAAGCAAGCAUCACCAUCACUAACCAAGCAGGAGAGAUGGCCCUGGACAUUGCCAGGAGGAUGAGACAUCACCAAUGCGAAGAGCUGCUGCUGCAGGCCCAGAACAACCAGUUCAACCUGCAUGUCCAUGUGGAGUACGAGUGGUGGCUGGACCAGGAUGACAUGAAUGAGAGUGACGAUGAGCUGGAUGAGAAGCUGGGUCUUAUGAAGAGGGGUUCUCCCUGUCCACAGAGCCACUACCAGCCUCCUGCCACUGCCACCAGACCAGAAGCAGCAGGGACAGUGCCCCAGGGGAGGUGGCCUGACACCUACGCCUUGCCACAUGCCCACCUUCACAGCCUGGAUGUGCCACCAGCCCCCUCCUACCCACCUCCUUUCCCUCCCCAUCGGACAAAGUCAGCUCCUGAAAGAACACGUCCACUCCUGACCAGCUCAUGCAUCUCUGCUGAGGACACAAGAACCAGGAGGAGCCCAUCCCUGCCUCUGAGCAUCAAGCACAAGCGCACAUCCUCAGAUCCAGCUCCUUGGGUACCACUCAGUCCGGAGAAACCCAUCCUUGGCCUGGCUUCAGGUGCCCUGAUGGCUGUGGACUGCCUCUAUGCAUCUGUCUCCAGAAAAGCAGGACAACCUGGCCCACACCAAUCCCCCCAGGAGUCAGAUCCCAGUUCUGGAUGUGCCUCAGAUGUCCCACCUCCACUUGCUCGGAGGGUCAGUUCGAACACACUGCAGUUCCGCAGGGUCCGCGCUCUGUAUGAUUGCAGUGCUGACCGGGAAGAUGAGCUGACUUUCCGUGCAGGCGAGAUAAUCGUGGUGUCUGAAAAGGAGGAUGACAACUGGUGGAAAGGCUGGAUUGAAGGGCAACCCCACAGGCAAGGUGCCUUCCCUGCUUCCUUCGUUCAUGUGCUCAAUGAAUAGGAGCUGCUUUGAUCUGGGAAGGAAGGAAGAUCUCAUCAGCUGCUUGGAAUGUGAACCUUCCCAUCUUCAUCCUCACUCCCUGCAUCACCUCUCCUCCCCUGGGCCGGUGGUGCUGGGCCUUAGGGCUGGAAUUUGUGGGCAGUGCAUGCUGACUGCCAGCAGAUGCUCAACAUAAAGAAGAGAAUGGAGCAAACUUCAGUGCCCUACCCUGAGUGUGCUGCCUGUCUUGAGUGCUGCAGAGAUGUGCCGCUGCCUUGCAGGGCUGUGCGGGGAGCCGUACGGGUGUGCAAAGCCCUGGAAAGGAGACUUCUCCUGAGGACAGAGCACAGUGUGAGCCUGGAAAGGCUAAUGCCUUCUGAAGCCAGCAGGAUGGAGUGCUUGUGCAUCCCUGCUGUCUGCACUGGGUUUCACUACUGAUAUUCGAAAAAAUCUGCUCUGUGGCAGCUCAGGGCAUGGCUCCAGCGCUGCCUGGCUCUAGGAGCGACAGAGAGGUCCUCUGAGCUCACUGCCAGUAAAUCCCAGUGCUUCAGCACUCUGUGUUGUGCAGGGCUGUUCUGCUUUAUGUUUUUAUCUCUGUUUCCUUUCCGCUUCAGCGUUCUCCCUUCAGCAUCCAAACUCCUUAUGGGCACCAGAGUCAAGCAGCUGACCUCCCCUCAGGUGAAAUCACUCAUGGUUCAGCUUACACAGCUUUUCUCCACGGCCUGGCACAUUUCUCAGUCUUCCUGAGCUAAAAUUCUGUCCUGGUGUCAUAAGGAAACCAAGCGCUGGAUGCACCAGGCUGUAGAGAGUGGAGGUUGAACCAUCCCAGCAUGACUUACAAAGUCAGGAGGGCAAGGCUGUGCCAGGCAGCUCCUCCCACCCUUGGUGUUAUAGGUCAGGUAGGAGCUAACCUUUGUAUAAGUCUUCUGUGCGUAUCCUUAGAUACAGCAGGAGUCUGCUUUUCCCUAGGUCAGGGUGACCAUCCUUGAAGCUGUUAAGGAACUCUUAAUCACUCUGCAAUGACUAAACAUGCCUUUGAAGAUCAGAACACCUUGAGAAAAGGUACUUAAGGUAGCUGGACUGCAGGAAGGGAGAUGAGCCCUGUCUUUAACUGACCAAUUGUAGGCUGGGUGCUGAGUGAGGGUUGUGGUCAAGUGGUAAAAAUAUGCAUUCAAAAGUGUCAUGAAAUCUUGGAGUGUGCUAGCUUUGUGGGAGACCAGCCAGUGCUUCUGCAACCUUGCAAUAAAUGCAUGCCUCUGUGAGUGAGAUUGGCUCACUGCAUGGCGCUGAGGGAUCCACCUUUUGGACAAGAGUAUUCUGGAAACCCAAUGGGAUGGCCUCAUCCGGAUCCACGAGUUGCAGCUGGCAAGGAGUGGAGGACUGGUCAAACCCAGUGCACACCACUGGACUUUUGGCAGGGAACUCCAUUGGGUUCUCAUCUCUGCUUGGGUGGUGACACAGUGCUUCAAUUGAGGUAUUGACUUGAUGGCGUCAGGGGGGAUAAGAGGCUUUGGUUGUUGGUUUUGGUAGUUUUGGUUGAUGACUGGCCAGCAUUUGGUGUGUGGGCAUCAUGUAGGCACCUAACAGCAGAGUGUAUGCAGCCUUGGGGAUGGAUUUGUUGUUGGAAAUAUGAGGACUCUUCCCUGUGGGAAUAGAAGAAGAACUGUACAGAGCAGCAGCUGUGGAGCAAGAUAAACAGCACGGGAAACAAGGAUACCUCUAGAAGAAAGAAUGGCUUGCAGCUCUGCUCAGAUAAGUGCCUGCACAAACAGCUGAAGAGUGUUUGUGGAAUGUUAUGUUGACACAUAGAGGUGAAUGGGAAAGGAAGAAAGAGCAAACUUGUGGAGGAAUAUAAGUGAUGUGAGGACUUGUAAUACACGAUUUGGAUCAUUCACGUCUGAGUCCAUGCAUCAGACACUGCAACCAACAAAACAGUGACAUUCUCACACUCCAAAACUAUAUUAAUGACAUGUCAAACUGGCAGAUCAAAGCUACAAAUUUCAGAUGUUGUGCUCUGGCAAUUUACUAAAGUAUUGAUGCUACAGAUAAAGCUCAGUUUGCAUUUUUGUUAGAGUCUGUGACAACAAAUACAGUGUCCCUGAAGAAAUGGCUUUUUUGGCCAUUAAAAGACAAAAUGCAAUCUUUUGAUUUGCACAAAGCAGUAAAAACAACACUGGAGCGAUUUUCUUUAUCCUUU